CACAUACGCCAGACAUAGUGGCAAAUUGUACUCCUCGGACUUCUGCACAAUUUGCCGAAGGGUAUGUAUGUGGUCUAUGGUGCUAAAGCCUUUUCGGAAACCGGCUUGUUCGGGAGGCUGGAAGUCGUCAAGUCUGCGCGCGAGACGAUUCGUAAUGACUCUCGAAAACAGCACGUAGACGCGGCUCAGAAGGGAAAUCGGUCUGUAGUUCUUCAAGAGAGCGUUGUCGCCUUUCUUGAAGAACAAGACCACCGCACUUCUGCUCCACGCCUCCGGUGUAAUGACACCAUGGAGGACGGAAUUAAAGAGCUUCUGAAGGACUUCAAGUACCGGUUUUCCACCCGCUUUCAGAAGCUCCGCUGUAAUUCCAUCCUGGCCUGGGGCCUUGCCGUUUUUAAGGUGCUGGAGAGCCAUUCUAAUCUCGCUCAGACUGACGUCCGGGAUAUCAUCGGAAUAAUGUCGGAUAAGACUCGCUCUUGGAUCGUUACUCACACUUGCGUGUGGCUCCAACGAUGACGUGUACAGCUGCCCAUAGAACCUCUCAAUCUCACUCAAAAUCUCAGGUGCCCCGGAAACGAUGCUGCCACAUUCGGUCUUCAGCUUUGACAGUUGGCUCUUUCUGGUAGACAGAUCUCUGGCAAAGACUUUGGAGCCUUGGUUCCGCUCGAUCGCUUCUUCAAUACGAGCUGUAUUGAAGUUGCGUAAGUCCCGCCGUAUGCAUUUGGAGAUCUGUCUGUUCAGUUGCCUGUAUGCUGUCAAAUCUGUUGAAGAAUGUAGCUUCAUCUCCCGUCUAACAGCCAUGAGAUUAAGAGUGUGAUCGGAGAGUUUUUGUGUUCUUCUGCGGCGUGUCUUGCAGAACUUAGCUCCGACCGCAUGGACAGUUUCCACGAGCUUGUCAUUCAAAUCGUCCACUUCAUUGCAGUCUUCUAGGCACUGAAAACGGUUUUGCAACUCGAGCUGAAAGGUUUCGGGACUUUGGAUUAGAGCACGAGGGGGACGGAGCGUUGACUUCAUUAGACGAGACCUCUCCAACUUAACGUUUAGGUUCAGUGUGCCUCUAACCAUUCGGUGAUCGCUGCCAGUUUUCACCCUCGCGAUCACUGAGACAUCACUGAACAGUUGUCGUCUGGUCGUCAUAAUGAAGUUAAUCUCAUUUUUUGUCGAACCGUCGGGGCUCGACCAGGUCCACUUCCUGUGGGGCCGCUUCUGGAAGAAAGAAUUCAUCAUAAAGAGUCCCUCUUUCUCCAUGAAGUCGGCCAACUGCUGGCCCCUUGGGUUCCGUUGCCCUAUUCCAAAUUUCCCCACUUUCAGCUCACCGUUCUCUCUUGUGCCUAGUUUUGCAUUGAAGUCUCCCAUUAACACCGUAUAUUGGGUUUUGGAGGAAUGCAUGGCUCUAGAGAUAUCCUCAUACAUUUCCUCCACCUCCUGAUCGGGGUGUGCCGAGGUUGGUGCGUAAACCUGUAUGACCUUCAGCGAAUACCGUUUGGUGAUUCUGAGUAUAAGGUACGCAACCCUCGUCGACACACUCUCAAUCUUUACAACGUUGUUAACGAGAGACUUGUGGACGAUAAAUCCGACACCUCCUUGGGACAGAUGGUCGCCCUCCCGGUAAUAGAGCAAGUUGCCGGAUUCGAGGAUUACCGUGUCCUCCCCCUCUCUUCGGAUUUCGGAUAAUCCUAUAAUAUGCCAGCGUAACUUGUCUAUCUCUUCUUCCAGCUCGUGCGUGUGCGUGCGUUGUAUGUUGCCAGGUCGAGUCGUUGUAGGUGGCAACCGAACCUCCACCGGAGAUUCUUAGCACCCCCUGCCCCGCCGUUACCAUGGUCGCCACCGUAGCCAGGAAUAGCGGGGCCGCCGGGGACUGGGGGCCGUCUCUUCGUAACUUUCAUUAUGGGGGGGUAUAUUGCCAUAGUUGCCACGCUUGGCGAGCGGGUUGGCAACCGCAGUUUUUUAUUGUAUUUUGCCGUUCCCAGGAAGAUGCUGCUGCCCAUCUCCUGCCUGUUUCCCUUUGUCGCCUUUUACGACACCCACGGGAAGAUAUGGGGUAGUGGAUAUUCUUAACCGCCACUACACGGCACUCUCUAUGUAACAACGAAUAAAUUAAGAGUUCCAUAAAUCAUCCUAUGCGUCCCGGCAUGUUUUGCAUUCCUUUAAAUCCUGCUGUAUCUAUCCCUACGGUUCUAUUUCGUGACGUAAUCGAUAUCUACCACUAUGUCAUGUAAAUAUUUGCCACUUGUAAUUAAAUAGUUAUUCGUAUACAAAUAGCUUAAAAGAAACUUUAAUACAGCUGUGAAAAGUUUUUUAAAUAUAUUCAUAAUUAAAAAUUUCACUUGUAUUUCUUUUCCCCAUAUGGGUCCCCUUACAAAUUACUGUUAUAGUUAUUUUACGUUAUUAUCUCAAGGAUUUUUAAGAAUAAUAUUGUAAAUCUACUUAUUUAAUUUUUCACAAUACGUUAAACAUAAAUGUUUAAGUGAUGGCAUCUCCUGAAAGAUAUCAGAAGAUGGAUGAUUUUUGGUACAAGUAAAGUUAAACAAAUAUUUUUAAUAUCUCAUAACGCUAACUUUAUGUAAAAUCGCUUUCAGGUGAUGAAGUGCUAGCAGUAAAUGGUCAGGCUUGCCACGAGCUGGCGCAUAUUGAAGCGUUGGCGCUGUUUAAAGCAGUUCGGAGUGGUCCUAUUGAACUCAGAGUCUGUAGGAGAAUCAAGAGUGCACAAUCAACCAAAGCAAAAUCUUGUACAGAUUUACUAAAUGACGACGACUGAGAGUUAUAACAAUAACACAUUGGUAUAAUAUUGUUCGUACACAUUAGUUGUCGUGUAGAGGUCCCAGCUUUUUCUUUGAUUUUACUUCAAAGAACAGACGUGGUGCUGACAUCCAGGAUAAUAUGGCAUUGACGUAUAAAUAACAAAUGGAAUGUUAAAAAUUAAAACAUGAGAUUGAGAUGUCAUCACUAAAUUUGAUUCGUGUUGGAGUCGCUGGAUUUCGCAUGACAAAUAUCUUUAUUAACUUGGGAUUUAAAAAGUUAUGUUUCAAAAAUGAGAACACCAUUUCGUAUCAAUUUUAAUAAGUGUCGAUCAAAUUAAUUACAACCCAAUUAAUUACCUAAUUUAUUUUGACCCGAAGCCAAUUGUUGUUUUAAUUAAUUUAAAUUAGUAUCUGACAUUGCUUCAAGGUAAGUGACCUAAAUGGUUCCAAAGUUAAAUAAUGGCCAUGAAAUAUAUCGAUCUGUUUCAAUAUCUUUGUAACAUAUCUGUAAUUAUUAUUUCCAUCCUAUGAAAUAAAAAUAAUUUCUUACAUAUUAUAAGACUUUCAUCUUUUGUUAAUUCUGUCUAUAUUCAUCUAUUAUAUUAAAAUGUGCCAUUUAUCCAAUAAUGACGGAAUGACUGAUCAUUUUAAUGAAAUAUUUAACAUUUCCUCAAUAAUCUGACUUAAAAAUGUAUAAUUCUGUACCUGACUGUAAUUACUUCUUUUCUCAUGCAGUAAAACCGCUCAUAAAGUAGGUUAGAAAUUCUCCCAAAGAUAAGAAUUAGGUAGGUAAUUGUAUUUCGAUAUUAAUAAAUAAUAGUAAUAUCUAUUUAAUUAAAUUUUGUCAAAAUUAUCUCAAUAACUUUCUUCUCUUUUUACAAAUUUAAGAAUGACAGCACAAAAUAUUAUUUUCCAUCAAUACCAAAAAAGCCAUAAUCUCAAAUAUUUCGAAUAAAAAAAAUGUAUGGAUAAGCUUUUAGGUAGUUGAAUGAAAUAAAAUGAAAAGAAUUAAAUAUUUAUGUUCAAAGCCUAUAAAAUACAAAUGUAAUAAAAUUACAACUUAAGAUCAUAUUCAAUAAAACUACUGGAUUUUAUCGCGUUUAAUUAUACUUAUUUUGAAUUACCGACGUUUUUGGCGCAUUCCGGCACUCAUGGUCACGGGGGGACUAAUGGAUGCCAUACACAAUCCAGUUUAUCGUCAAGUCCAGUUUCUGCAUCUAUAUAGACCACUCACGUUCAAGUUCACCGUCAAGUUUACUUGACGCCGCAAACUUGAUCAAAUCAGCGGAACCGAAAUUAAAUUUUUGCUUCAAGUAGACUGACACACUGAUAGCCAUACACGUCAAGUUUACCGGACGCCGCUUCAAGCGCGCAGCAAACUUGACGGUAAACUUGAUCGCGUAUGUAUAUAUGAGGUGAUUGACGUCACCAAUGUCAGAGUUAACCCGCAGUACCUUCAGCUUUUUAAUUAUUACUUUUGGUCCGAUCUACGCAGAAUUAACUAUGACACAGUAAUCUUUGAAGUCUUGCAGUGCUAUGCUUGGGUUUAGUUUUAAUUUUAUUAAUUACAGUAUCCCAAGCAGCUGGUAGUACCCAGCCUCCUUCUCUAUUGAAAUUAGGAUGUUUUUUUUUAUUUCAAUAGCUUCACGUAUCAUCCUUGGCAGGAAUCGAUAUCUUUUCGCGAGGAUUUAUGAUCUAUGUCAUCUCAUGUAAUGGCGGGGGAAUGUAAAGGCGGGGGGUAAAUCUAGGAUAUUAUGAUCACAAACUACAGACUUCCCGGGAAAUCUGCAGCUUGUGAUCACAUAAUAAUUUAAAAAAAAGUACAAUUAAACGCGAUAGAAUCCGUAAAAUUAGGUUUAUUCAAUGUACUACAUUUUCGUAUAAAAUAUAAGAAAUCAUUAAGAUCAUGUAUAAGCAUUUAAAGACCGUGUCCAAGACAUAUGCAUAAAAAUUAGGUUUUGAAUAAAAUUUAAAAAUUGCAGUUUUGAUUCGUAUGCUGUGAUAAUACACAAUGUUUAUAAAUGCGUGGCUAUUUUAAUUAACUAGGCCAUUCAUUCUAAUAUUAUUAUUUUAUUAAACAAGUAUAGGUAUAUUAUAAAUUUUGUAGUAUUAAAUGAGUAAAUGCUUUUCGAAACAAAACAAACUAAAGGUUUUAGGGAAGAUUUUAGAUUCAAUUCAAAUUUUAUAUACACACAAAUAGCUCAGACCUCUGACUUAUAAAUGCAACUCGGUGUCAUUUAUGUAUUUGUAGCUUAAGAGCAUUGUCUUAUUGCUUAGUUUAUUGUACAUAUUGAUGAUAAUUGUUUAUAAAAAUCUC